UAACAUAGCAACUGAAAUGGCCGGUCUCAAAGUUUUUCUACUUGCCGCUCUGCUUCUGGUGGUGGUUGCCCAUACCGCCACUGCCACCGCCUCAUGGAAGGAGGAAGAGAGCUGCAAGAAGGUUAACCUGAAGCCCUGCGAGAAGCACAUCAUGCAGAGGAUCGAGCAAGACGAAGAUCAGGAUCAUCUGAAGAUGCGAGGAAUCCACUACAAGAUUCGCCGAUCCGAAGGGGAAGAUGAAGAAGAAGAACGUGCUGAUCAGUGGAAGCAGUGCUGCAACUCUCUGAGAGACCUUGAUUCGCAGGAAUGCAAGUGCCGUGCGUUGAACAAGAUCAUGAACAGGCAGAGCGAGGAAUUGGAAGGGAAAGAACAGAUUAAAGACUUCAAGAAAGAGUUGUUGUUUUUGCCUAUCUCGUGCGGGAUGCCUCCCCUCUUCGGAUGCGAGUUCGACAACUAGAAAGAAACGAAUAGUCACCUGUAAAUGAUAGCUUAUCCUACAAAUUAAGCUAUCUAGCAAGCUAAACGUGCAUAUGUAAUAAAGAAAAUAAUAAAGAUGAUCACUGAUAUGUAUGAUCAUGUUUAUCAAAAAGCAGUUUCUUUCUGUGUAUAUAUGGUUUAGCUUUGCCUAUAUGUUUUGUGAAAUCUUUGG